AUGAGUGGUGCUAACACAGGUCUCACUUCGAGUAACCGAGUGCAUCAACAUAGUUACACAGCUACGGAUAUUAGGAUGCAACGCCCACAGUGUUCUUCAGAAGCUUGCAAUUCCAAUGCCGUUGUAAAAAGCGCACUGGAUGAAAGCCCACUUUGUGCUCCAUGUUUCAUAGAACGAUUCGAACAGAAAGUUCACGAGACAAUCACUUCCACAAAUUUGUUUCGACGUGGUGAGCGUGUUGCGAUUGGAGCAUCUGGAGGGAAAGACUCUACUGUAUUAGCAUAUGUGAUGAAAACUCUAAACGAGAGGUAUGAUUACGGCUUAGACUUGGUACUGCUAUCGAUUGACGAAGGGAUCACAGGAUACCGAGAUGAUUCUCUUCAGGCAGUCGAGCGGAAUCGAAUCGAGUACUGUAUGCCCCUCACAGUAGUCACCUAUAAGGAUCUAUAUGGCUGGACAAUGGAUGAAAUCGUGGCCAAAAUAGGGAAAAAGAAUAACUGUACAUAUUGUGGAGUGUUUCGACGUCAAGCCUUAGACAGGGGCGCCUUCAAAAUCGGUGCGUCAAAGUUGGUUACUGGUCACAACGCAGAUGAUAUGGCAGAGACGGUUCUUAUGAAUGUUCUUAGAGGCGACAUUGCGCGACUUCAACGCUGCACCAAUAUUAUAACAGGAGAGGAAGGUGACCUUCCACGUGCAAAGCCAUUAAAGUACUGCUUCGAGAAAGACAUAGUAAUGUACGCACGACUAAAUAAACUGGACUAUUUCUAUACGGAAUGCAUCUAUGCACCAGACUCCUAUCGUGCAUAUGCUAGAUCAUUUGUGAAAGACCUUGAACGUAUGAGUCCUGAGUGCAUCCUGGGCCUGAUCAAGUCAGGGGAAUCUAUAAUGGUUAAAGGCGAUGUGGCUAUGCCAACGUUAACUAAUUGCACAAGAUGUGGAUACAUAUCAAGCCAAAAACUCUGCAAAGCAUGCUUGCUCCUGGAAGGUCUAAAUACUGGGAGGACAGAUAUGGGCAUAAAACGCAAACCGAAAAAAGUGGCUGUCUCGGCUGAAAAUGUCGAUGAAAAAUCUUGCGGUGGCGCAUGCAGCUGUGAAAAAAGUGCAGAUCUCGAAUUUUGA